AUGUCUGGUGGUGGUUGUAUUCUUCAUGUCAUUUCGGUUGGAUUUCAUCAUAGAAGAGGCUCUACCGUCGAGGAAACUAUUGAACUUCCAUCAAAAUGGAAACAUCUUGCCUCUUUAGCUUUACCCGAUGGGGCCCAUAAUUACUUGAAAGAUAUUAUUUAUUUCACUCUUCCCUCCAUCGAAAAAGAUGAGCACGCUGUGUUCGGUGUAGCAUCUUAUCGUCAAGCGUACUCUACAGUGAGUUUGUGGAUUUUAUCCUCACUUGUUAUUUACAUUCUCACUUCCAUCAUUGACCACCUACUAGGAGGGUCUCAUUCAACCCAAAUUGUAAUCUUAAGCUAA